AUGAGGAGUAUAAUGAUGACAAUGAUGGCGAGGAAAAUCGACAAUCUCCACAACAGCAGGAAGAAAUUCCUCAACCGGAUCAAACCCCACCGGAAGAACCACUUCAACCGGAACAAACAGAAGACGCUGAAGCAAUGCCUUCAGAUGCACAUGUCUCUUCUUUUGCACCGGUCAUGGUACUCCAUUAAGGAGCAUGCGCUGCUGAGUGGAUUGGAUUGUCAUGACUACCCUAGCAACUAUGGGGAGCUGAAGGACAAGGAAGCCGGCGAUUUCAAGUUUGUUGAAAAGUGGUUCAAGAGAAGGACCAAUAUUACCAUAGCAGAUGUGAAGAAGAAGCUAGGGAAAGUGAAGAGCGCUGUUAACAAGAAGAAGAUGGCUGCGCUAUAUUUCUUAACCAAUGUCUUGAAAGCGAAGUCCAAAUACAAAGGAAACAUAGAGCCAUUCUUUCUCAAAGUCGUGGAUGAUUUGGACUUGUGUGAAAAAUUCCCUUGGGGCCGUUUGACCUUUGAUGAUUUGGUAGAUGAAGUUAAGAAAGUAGCGAAGAAGUUCAAGGGAGGCGUCGUCAACGAGAAGGAUUCAUGGACCUUUUCUGGAUACAUUCUUCCUAUUGAGGCUUUUGCGUAUGAGUGCAUUCCUGCGCUUGCUCGAACCUUUCGAGAACCUGUUCAUGCAGAGAGCGACUGUCCAAGGUUGUGCAAGCACAAUUUCAAAGCGACUUACAUGAAAGGUUAUCCACUGUCCGAGAUAAACGAAGCAAUUGGCAGCAAUAGGGAUAUCAUAAGCAUCUUGGAACCAACCUCAGAGGAGGAAACCCUUAUGGAGCGCAUCAUAGACCCUAGUUGUGAUGAUGGGAUUGGCUCCGUGGAUCAUUUAGUCGACCUUUGGAGAGACAUCUAA